AUGGAGGCCAAGAAGAAGCUAGCCGUGAUCGCAAUGCUUUCACUUGGAGCUGCCUACGGAUACGGAUCGUCAGGUCACGGCUUUGGCUCAUCCGCGCUGAACGGCACCACGAAAAGUACUACGUUUGGCGGCAAGUUGGUACGCAAGCCAUACCAGGAGAUUGACGAGAUCGGUACGUAA